GAGCGAAGCUAUCAAGGACUGCUCGACCUUCGCUUGUGGCAGGACAAGUAUCUGUCGCGCAAGCUGGACCUGCUGCGCAGAAAUUGGUGCAAACCCUAUGAUUCCGCUUCCCAGAGCUGCUUCAUGCUGGGCACAUGGAUUCUCCUAGGCUGCGCUGCACUCUUGGUGGUGAGUCGGGCGCAAACAAGAUUGGCGAGGCCGCUUCAGCUGAAGUUUGGCCUCGCCUCGUCAGCAGUCUCGUUUGUCACGAUGAGCUCUAUCACGGUGGGCGGUUUGGUCCUCUUGUUAAGGCUACCGCAAUCCAUGCAUCCCCAACAGCUUGCCACCUUUUGGGUAACUAUUUUCCCACGGAAAAGUUGACCCAGUAAUGCGGGUUGAAGAGCGUGCGAAAGCGAAAGCUCUAAUAUUGGAAGGGUUGCUGAAGCGGAGACACAAGUAUGAGGCUGCAGUGCGAGAACUUCGCCAUCAAAUUUAUGACCACUCGAAUGCAGUCACAAUAUCUGCAGGAGAAGAACAAAAAGGGCUGGGUCCUGCUCUGACGAUCGCAGGCGCAAGCCCGAUCGUCCCGCAGACGGCAAGCCCGAUCAUCCCGCCGAGGGGAGGCAAUAGCGGAUCCUCUGUGGAUGAUCUAGUGAGCGUGGGGGCGGAGACGGGGCCGAGCAGACUGGUCUUGUCUGAUCAUCUUCCGUCAGACAACCGCCAUCAAACACGCGGUAUAAAUAUAAAAGUUGAGCUGGACGACCCCGUUGCACUCCCGUCACCGCC